GCUCGCACAGCGCAGUUCCGACCCACAGCCUGGCACCCUUCGGCGAGCGCUGUUUGUUUAGGGCUCGGUGAAUCCAAUCAGGAGCGCAGGCUGCAGUUUUCCGGCAGAGCAGUAAGAGGCGCCUCCUCUCUCCUUUUUAUUCACCAGCAGCGCCGCGCAGACCCCGGACUCGCGCUCGCCUGCCGGCGCCCACAACCUCUCUCCUCGGUCUAGAGCAGUCUCCGCCGCCGCAGUUCUCCAUGCGCAGCGCGCACCCGAGGAGCUAGAAGUUAGCUUGGAGAGGCGCCGGACCGUGGAUGGCCUUGACUGACGGCGGCUGGUGCCUGCCGAAGCGCUUCGGGGCCGCGGCUGCGGACGCCAGCGACUCCGGAGCCUUUCCAGCGCGGGAGCCCUCCACGCCGCCUUCCCCCAUCUCCUCCUCUUCCUCCUCCUGCUGCUCCCGGGGUGGGGAGCGUGGCCCCGGCGGCGCCAGCAACUGCAGGACGCCGCAGCUCGACACGGAGGCGGCGGCGGGACCCCCGGCCCGCUCGCUGCUGCUCAGCCCGUACGCCUCGCAUCCCUUUGGGGCUCCCCACGGACCUUCGGCGCCCGGGGUCGCUGGCCCCGGGAGCGCCCUGUCGAGCUGGGAGGACCUACUGCUCUUCACUGACCUCGACCAGGCCGCGACCGCCAGCAAGCUGCUGUGGUCCAGCCGCGGCGCCAAGCUGAGCCCCUUCGCACCCGAGCAGCCCGAGGAGAUGUACCAGACCCUCGCCGCCCUCUCCAGCCAGGGGCCGGCCGCUUACGACGGCGCGCCCGGCGGUUUUGUGCAUUCUGCAGCCGCCGCCGCAGCCGCCGCCGCCGCGGCCAGCUCCCCGGUUUACGUGCCCACCACUCGCGUGGGCUCCAUGCUGCCGGGCCUGCCGUACCUGCAGGGGGCGGGCAGUGGGCCCGCCAACCACGCGGGCGGUGCAGGCGCCCACCCUGGCUGGCCUCAAGCCUCGGCCGACAGCCCCCCGUACGGCAGUGGAGGCGGCGCGGCCGGCGGCGGGGCCGCGGGGCCCGGGAGCGCCGGCUCGGCCUCUGCGCACGUCUCCGCGCGCUUCCCCUACUCGCCCAGCCCGCCCAUGGCUAACGGCGCGGCGCGGGACCCCGGGGGCUACGCCGCAGCUGGUGGCGGGGGAGCGGGCGGCGUGAGCGGCGGCGGAGGCAGCAGCCUGGCGGCCAUGGGCGCCCGCGAGCACCAGUACAGCUCGCUGUCGGCCGCGCGGCCGCUGAACGGAACGUACCACCAUCACCAUCACCACCACCCGAACCCCUACUCCCCCUACGUGGGUGCACCGCUGACUCCCGCCUGGCCCGCAGGACCCUUCGAGACCCCAGUGCUGCACAGCCUGCAGAGCCGCGCCGGAGCCCCGCUCCCGGUGCCACGGGGCCCCAGCGCAGACCUGCUGGAGGACCUGCCCGAGAGCCGUGAGUGCGUGAACUGCGGCUCCAUCCAGACGCCGCUCUGGCGGCGGGACGGCACCGGCCACUACUUGUGCAACGCCUGCGGCCUCUACAGCAAGAUGAACGGCCUCAGCCGACCCCUCAUCAAGCCGCAGAAGCGCGUGCCUUCCUCCCGGCGGCUUGGAUUGUCCUGUGCCAACUGUCACACCACAACCACCACUUUGUGGCGCAGAAAUGCCGAGGGUGAACCUGUGUGCAAUGCUUGUGGACUCUACAUGAAACUCCAUGGGGUGCCUCGACCGCUUGCUAUGAAAAAAGAGGGAAUUCAAACCAGGAAAAGAAAACCUAAGAACAUUAAUAAGUCAAAGGCUUGCUCUGGUAGUAGCAAUAAUUCUGUUCCUAUGACUCCAACUUCCACCUCUUCUAACUCAGAUGAUUGCAGCAAAAAUACUUCCCCUACAACACAACCAACAGCCUCAGGGGCGGGCGCCUCAGUGAUGUCUGGCGCGGGAGAGAGCACUAAUCCCGAGAACAGCGAGCUCAAGUACUCAGGUCAAGAUGGGUUGUACAUAGGCGUCAGCCUGGCCUCGCCGGCCGAAGUCACAUCCUCGAGAUGUAUUUCCCGAGAGGCCUGCUCUGCCUUCACCCUGCCCCUAUCUCUGAAGAGCGGGAGAGGAGAUGGAGAGCUUCCAGGGAAGGGCCGCUGCAGCCCACAGCAUGUCGCCUCCUCCCCGGCCACGGCCCCUUCCAGCCACCAGCCAGCCAACCUGCCUCUGGGCCCGCCAGGGGAUCUGAUGUCCACCGUGCCACUUCCAGAAAGCGGGACUAGGACCGGGGCCUUGCCUGCUAAGGAAUAUUGAGAGAGAUUAAAAAAAAAAAAAAAGUUUUAUGUGUAUUGCCCCAAAUCAUGUGCUUCUUCUGAUCGGUUUUGGUUGUUCCAGAAUUUCUUUGUACCUUUUCCACACCUGAAUUUCACCUGCUUUCAUGGAGAAGACCAUUUGGUACACACCUCUGGAGGCUGAGUCAGGACUGUGACUCAGUUUGCAAGACUGCAUUAUGACUGUAACGUACACUGUGACUGACGUUUCUCAAAGUGCAUAUUGUGUGACUGAUCUGAAGUCAGUCGGGAUUUGUAAACAGGGUAGCAAACAAGAUGUUUUUCUUCCAUGUAAACAAUAAUUUUUUUAAAAAGUGCAAUUUGCGUUGCAGCAAUCAGUGUUAAAUCAUUUGCAUAAGAUUUAACAACAUUUUUUAUAAUGAAUGUAAACAUUUUAACUUAAUGGUACUUAAAUAAUUUAAAAGAAAAAAUGUUAACUUAGACAUUCUUAUACUUCUUUUACAACCACAUCCCAUUUCUAUAUUUCCAAUUGUGAAAGAAAAAUACUUCAAGAACAAAUCUUCUCUCAGGAAAAUUGCCUUUAUCCAUCUGUUAAGAAUUUUUAUACAAGAACACCAGUAUCCCCUCUUUAUUUUACUGUGGAAUGCGUGCUGGAAAAAUUGCAACAAAACUUUACUACCUAACAGAUAACAUUUGUAAAUACUGUAGGCAUCUGUACACACUACGAUGAAGUCUAUAGUGUGACUAACCCACAGGCAGGUUGGUUUACAUUAAUUUUUUUUUUAAAUGGGAUGUCUUAUGGAAACCUAUUUUUGCCAAAGUUUUAAAAAUAAAAAGGGUAUUGUUUUGUCUUCUGUACAGUGA